AUGUUUCCUUUACGUCGCGUUGGCUGUAAGAUUAUCGAACAAUGGCGUGCACCAAUUGCAGUAGUUUCGAAGGCGAAGAAUUUCAGCUCAGAGGCACCUCGACCAUUAUCUGUAUUGACAGAGGAUGAAUUGGCUAUGAAGGACACAAUUAGAAAACUAGCAAACGAACAAAUAGCACCUCUUGUAAAGAAAAUGGACGAAGAACACAAAAUUGAUGAAGGCAUCCGACAGAUGUUAUUCGAUAAUGGCUUAAUGGGUAUAGAAACUCCAACGGAAUAUAGUGGGUCAGGGUGCGGGUUCCUCACAAUGAUGGUGGUUAUCGAAGAGCUCUCGCGGGUAGACCCGGCUGUCGCUGCAUAUGUAGACAUUCAUAAUACCUUAGUAAAUUCGUUAUUCAUGAAACUAGGUACUGAAGAGCAAAAGAAAAAGUAUUUGACCAAACUAUGUACGAAAUAUGCCGGCAGCUUCUGUCUAACAGAACCAACGUCAGGUUCAGAUGCAUUCGCCCUCAAAACUGUAGCUAAAAAGGAUGGAAAGGACUAUAUCAUAAAUGGUUCUAAAAUGUGGAUCUCUAAUUCUGAUGUCGCCGGAGUUUUCCUUGUGAUGGCUAAUGCUGAUCCUUCAAAGGGCUACAAAGGUAUAACGUGUUUCAUAGUGGAGCGGGAAACCCCCGGGCUCAGUGUUGCCAAGCCUGAGAACAAACUUGGCAUUCGCGCGUCCGGCACCUGCAUGGUGCACUUCGACAAUGUGCGGGUACCCGAGGGAAAUAUAUUGGGAGAGUAUGGGAAAGGGUACAAAUAUGCAGCAGGUUUCCUAAACGAGGGUCGUAUCGGCAUCGCGGCGCAGAUGGUAGGGCUCUGCCAGGGCUGCAUGGACGCCACCAUUCCUUACACGUUGGAAAGGAAGCAGUUCGGCAACAAGAUAUACGCUUAUCAGGGUAUAAGCUACCAAAUAGCGCACCUACAAACGCAGUUAGAAGCCGCGCGCCUUCUCACUUAUAACGCGGCACGACUCAAGGAGAAUGGCAUCGAGUUUGUUAAAGAAGCUGCUAUGGCUAAAUACUUUGCUUCAGAAAUAGCCCAAACUCUAACAUCAAAAUGUAUAGACUUCAUGGGUGGCGUUGGCUUCACUAGAGAUUUCCCGCAAGAAAAAUUCUUCAGAGACGCUAAAAUUGGUACCAUUUAUGAAGGAACCAGUAAUAUGCAAUUGCAAACCAUCGCAAAGCUCAUUGAAAAAGAAUACUCCCAA